CUGAGAGACCGGCUUGCGAGUCGCGCCGCGGGAAAGGCGCGUGUCGGCCUCUCACUGGCGCAGCGGCCGCCGCCGUCGCGGCCGCCGCCCCGCCCCGGCGUUGUCGCAGGCGCCGUAGUGGACUGUGUGCGGCCCCGGCAUGGGCAGCAAGGGGGACGCGAGCGGCGCGUUUGUCGCGGCUGCGCGGCCGGUGACAGGGCUCUGCUGUAAAAUGGGACUUCCAUUUGCACUCACUGUGCUAUGGCUGUUCUCAGUGAAAGCGGAUUCAAAAGCCAUUACAACCUCUCUCACAACAAAGUGGUUUUCCUACCCACUGUUGUUAGAAGCCAGUGAAUUUUUAGCAGAAGACAGUCAAGAGAAAUUUUGGAAUUUUGUAGAAGCCAGUCAAAAUAUUGGAUCAUCAGAUCAUCACGGUACUAAUCAUUCCUAUUAUCAUGCGAUAUUGGAAGCUGCAUUUCCAUUUCUGUCACCUCUCCAGCAGAAUUUGUUGAAGUUUUGCCUGUCUCUUCAUUCCUACUCUGCUACAAUUCAAGCCUUCCAGCAGAUAGCAGCUAAUGAACCACCACCAGAAGAAUGUAAUUCAUUUUUCUCAGUGCAUGGAGAGAAGACUUGUGAUUUUGAUGUCCUGGAGACUCUUCUAAUAACAGCACCUGAAAGACCCAAACCUUUGUUGUUCAAAGGAGAUCACAGAUAUCCCUCGUCUAAUCCUGAGAGCCCAGUGGUGAUUUUCUACUCAGAGAUAGGCCUUCAAGAAUUUUCUAGUUUCCACCAUCAACUUGUGUCAAAAAGCAAUGCGGGCAAAAUCAACUAUGUAUUCAGACAUUAUAUAUCUACUCCGGGGAAGGAGCCAGUUCACCUCUCUGGCUACGGUGUGGAAUUGGCCAUUAAGAGCACCGAGUACAAGGCCAAGGAUGAUACUCAGGUGAAAGGAACUGAAGUAAAUACUACCGUCAUUGGUGAACAUGAUCCCAUUGAUGAAGUUCAGGGAUUCCUCUUUGGAAGGUUAAGAGACUUGCACCCUGAGCUAACUGGACAGUUGAAAGAACUCAGAAAGCAUCUCGUAGAGAGCACCAAUGAAAUGGCGCCUUUGAAAGUCUGGCAAUUACAAGACCUCAGUUUCCAGACUGCUGCCCGAAUCUUGGCUGCUCCUGCUGAGCUAGCUUUGGUGGUUAUGAAGGAUCUUAGUCAGAAUUUUCCCACCAAAGCCAGAGCCAUAACGAAAACAGCUGUGAAUUCAGAACUUAGAACUGAAGUGGAAGAGAAUCAGAAGUAUUUCAAGGGAACGUUAGGAUUACAGCCUGGAGAUUCAGCUCUCUUCAUCAAUGGACUUCAUAUUGAUUUAGAUACACAGGAUAUAUUCAGUCUGUUUGAUAUAUUGAGGAAUGAAGCCCGGGUCAUGGAGGGUCUUCAUAGACUGGGAAUUGAAGGCCUUUCUCUGCAUAAUAUUUUGAAGCUGAACAUCCAGCCCUCUGAGACUGACUAUGCGGUUGACAUCAGGAGUACAGCUAUUUCAUGGGUCAACAACCUAGAAGUUGAUAGCAGAUACAACUCAUGGCCUUCCAGCCUACAGGAGCUGCUUCGCCCCACCUUCCCUGGUGUCAUCAGGCAGAUCAGAAAGAACUUGCACAACAUGGUGUUCAUAGUUGAUCCUGCACAUGAGAACACAGCAGAGUUGAUUAACACAGCUGAGAUGUUCCUCAGUAAUCAUAUACCUCUAAGAAUUGGUUUUAUCUUUGUGGUCAACGACUCUGAAGAUGUUGAUGGGAUGCACGACGCUGGAGUAGCUGUUCUCAGAGCAUAUAACUAUGUGGCCCGUGAAGUGGAUGAGUACCAUGCCUUCCAGACUCUGACACAUGUCUAUAACAAAGUGAGGACUGGAGACAAAGUGAAAGUCGAACAUGUGGUCAGUGUCCUGGAGAAGAAAUACCCCUAUGUAGAAGUGAAUAGCAUUUUGGGGAUUGAUUCUGCUUACGAUCAGAAUCGAAAGGAAGCAAGAGGAUACUAUGAGCAGACUGGCAUUGGCCCUCUGCCUGUUGUUCUGUUCAAUGGAAUCCCCUUUGAAAAGGAACAGCUAGAUCCUGAUGAGUUGGAAACCAUCACCAUGCACAAAAUCCUGGAGACUACCACCUUCUUCCAGAGAGCAGUGUACUUGGGUGAACUGUCUCAUGAUCAAGAUGUGGUAGAGUAUAUCAUGAACCAGCCCAAUGUUGUUCCACGAAUCAAUUCUAGGGUUUUGACAGCUGAACGAGAGUAUCUGGAUUUAACAGCAAGCAAUAACUUCUUUGUGGAUGAUUACUCUAGAUUUUCUGUCUUAGAUUCCCAAGGCAAGACUGCUGCUAUAGCCAACAGUAUGAACUAUCUGACCAAAAAAGGAAUGUCCUCCAAGGAAAUCUAUGAUGAUUCUUUCAUUAGGCCAGUAACCUUUUGGAUUGUUGGAGAUUUUGAUAGCACUUCUGGACGACAGUUAUUGUAUGAUGCUAUUAAACAUCAAAAAUCCAGUAACAAUGUGAGGAUCAGCAUGAUCAAUAACCCCAGUAAAGAAAUAAGUUAUGAGCACACUCAGAUCUCCAGAGCGAUCUGGGCAGCUCUCCAGACGCAGACCUCCAACUCUGCCAAGAACUUCAUCACCAAGAUGGUCAAAGAAGACACUUCAGAGGCGCUGGCGGCGGGGGCGGACAUCAGCGAGUUCUCUGUAGGGGGCAUGGAUUUCAGUCUUUUUAAAGAGGUGUUUGAGUCUUCCCAAAUGGAUUUCAUUUUGUCUCAUGCCGUGUACUGCAGGGAUGUCCUGAAGUUGAAGAAGGGACAGAGGGCGGUGAUCAGCAACGGAAGGAUCAUUGGGCCACUGGAGGAUAGUGAACUUUUUAAUCAAGAUGAUUUCCACCUCCUGGAAAAUAUUAUCUUGAAAACUUCUGGACAGAAAAUAAAAUCUCAUAUUCAACAGCUUCGGGUAGAAGAAGAUGUGGCCAGUGACUUGGUAAUGAAGGUAGAUGCUCUCUUGUCUGCUCAACCCAAAGGAGAUGCAAGAAUUGAGUACCAGUUUUUUGAAGACAGACACAGUGCAAUUAAACUGAGACCAAAGGAAGGGGAGACAUACUUUGAUGUUGUGGCUGUUGUUGACCCUGUCACCAGAGAAGCACAAAGACUUGCCCCAUUGUUGUUGGUUUUGACUCAGCUGAUAAACAUGAACCUGAGGGUGUUUAUGAAUUGCCAAUCUAAACUUUCAGACAUGCCUUUAAAAAGCUUUUACCGUUAUGUCCUAGAACCAGAGAUUUCUUUCACAGCAGACAAUAACUUUGCUAAGGGUCCAAUAGCGAAGUUUUUGGAUAUGCCACAGUCUCCACUGUUCACCUUGAAUCUGAAUACACCCGAGAGUUGGAUGGUCGAAUCUGUCAGAACACCAUAUGAUCUUGAUAAUAUUUAUUUAGAAGAGGUGGAUAGUGUGGUGGCUGCUGAGUAUGAACUGGAGUACCUCUUACUAGAAGGGCAUUGCUAUGACAUCACCACGGGCCAACCUCCACGGGGACUGCAGUUUACCUUAGGGACUUCAGCCAAGCCUGUCAUUGUGGACACCAUUGUUAUGGCCAAUCUGGGCUACUUUCAACUAAAAGCCAACCCAGGAGCUUGGAUUCUCAGACUUAGGAAGGGACGUUCUGAAGAUAUUUAUAGAAUCUACAGCCACGAUGGUACAGAUUCUCCUCCUGAGUCCGAUGAUGUGGUUGUCAUCCUCAACAACUUCAAGAGCAAAAUUAUUAAAGUGAAGGUUCAGAAGAAGGCAGACAUGGUGAAUGAAGACUUGCUGAGCGAUGGCAUAAAUGAAAAUGAAUCUGGAUUUUGGGACUCAUUCAAGUGGGGCUUUUCAGGAGGACAGAAGACUGAGGAGGUGAAACAAGAUAAAGAUGACAUCAUUAAUAUCUUCUCUGUUGCAUCUGGACAUCUCUAUGAAAGAUUUCUUCGUAUAAUGAUGUUGUCAGUGCUGAAGAAUACCAAGACUCCUGUGAAAUUCUGGUUCUUGAAGAAUUAUUUGUCCCCCACAUUUAAGGAGUUUAUACCUUACAUGGCAAGUGAAUAUAAUUUCCAGUAUGAGCUUGUUCAGUACAAAUGGCCCCGGUGGCUUCAUCAGCAGACUGAAAAACAGCGCAUCAUCUGGGGCUACAAGAUCCUUUUCUUGGAUGUGCUUUUCCCACUAGUUGUUGACAAAUUCCUGUUUGUGGAUGCUGAUCAGAUUGUACGGACAGAUCUGAAAGAAUUAAGGGAUUUUAAUUUGGACGGUGCCCCUUAUGGUUAUACUCCCUUUUGUGACAGCCGAAGAGAAAUGGAUGGCUACAGGUUCUGGAAGUCGGGAUACUGGGCUAGUCAUUUAGCUGGGCGGAAGUACCAUAUCAGUGCAUUGUAUGUUGUGGAUCUGAAGAAGUUUAGAAAAAUAGCUGCUGGAGACAGACUAAGGGGACAGUACCAAGGUCUGAGUCAGGAUCCCAACAGCCUUUCAAAUCUGGAUCAAGAUCUUCCCAAUAACAUGAUCCAUCAGGUACCAAUCAAGUCGCUUCCCCAAGAGUGGCUUUGGUGUGAAACGUGGUGUGAUGACGCCUCUAAGAAAAGAGCCAAGACUAUUGAUUUGUGCAAUAAUCCGAUGACCAAAGAGCCCAAGCUGGAUGCAGCUGUGCGCAUCGUCCCUGAGUGGCAGGACUAUGACCAAGAGAUCAAACAGCUGCAGAUCCGUUUUCAGCAGGAGAAGGAAAUGGGAACACUGGAUGAGAAGAAGACAAAGCCAAGCCAGGAAGCAUCUCAGAUACAUGAGGAAUUAUGAUCUUUGGAGGAAGAUACAAAAUGGCACCAUUGAGAACAGUUUUUAUACUAAAUGCUAGUUUUUUUCUGAUCUGUCUAUACAACUGCUGAUAAACUCACUGGACAGGUGUGCCAGCCCUUCUGAUGCUGAGCAUUUGAUUUUGACUUCUGCACACCAGUUGGCCCUGGAUCUUCGGGGUCAGGGCUCUAUUGGAUUUGUACCUCAGAGGAAGACAUGUGGCAGAUCUUUUGGGACUCUGAAAAGAGCAGUCUUCUCGCCAGAGGAAGAAAUGGCAGUGGCAAAAAGAUGAGUCCUUUGGAGCCCACAUCAAGAGCACACACAUGCUGCAUUAUCCUAGGAAGGGGGCUAGUAGAGCUGCCAUGUUCUUCCGUACCUCAGUUUACCUGCGGCUCCGGCUACACCUCUGAUGCCUGCCCAUUGUGGCAGAAGCUUUGUUCAAGGUCCACAUACUAGGAAAUUUAUGUCAACACCCCCCAUAGUCUCUUCCCAAGUGCUAGGUUCAUUGUUUAAUCAAAACCAAACCAACCAUUGUGUAUCUUAAAGGUUGGCCCUGUGCAGUGGCUAAGCAAAUUACUUGGAGACAGAUGGGGAAGGUUGGCUGGGGUACGGGUAGAGAAGAUAGGCAUAGGAGGGCUCUGCAAGUGUUGGGGAAGAAGGAUUAGAAUUUGCUGGUCUUCUUUUUUAAACCAUCAUUACAUUGUGACUAAUUUGAAAUGAAAAGUUUAUUUUCCACGUGGUCUUGGUGAACUUUCUUAGGUAAUUGUUUUGUGAACAAUUUUUGUAUUUGUGAAGGUCUUUGCUUUUUCUUUUUGCUUUCUUAAAAAAAAAAAAAAAAAAACUCUGUCAACCAUUCUCUGACUGGACCCAACCAGUGAUAUAUCUCAGAGGGUUUAGGCUCCCUCCAGACAUCACCUCAUCCUGUGCCCUUUCCUAUGUAGUGUUUUCUCUCAGACUCAGAGACAGUUGGCUUGGACUUUUCUCAGUGAAGUGCUUCCAGCUGGAAGGCCAGGAAGCGUUCUAACAGUGGACUCAUGCUCUUCUAUACAGUGGCCCCUGUUGUUUUUGUUUUAGCUCUGUGAUUGCCUUUGGCUUCCAGAAAUCAGUAGAGUUCACUUCAGUUGUGUCAUGACAUAGUUGCACCACAAAGCACUCUUGGCCCUUGCUCUUGCUUGCACCUUUUCUUCCCCAGCCCAGCACUGGCCCUGUGGGCAGAGGCUUGGCUGAUGGGUGGGUAACCGUCAGCAGCACAAGCCCUGCACCUGCCUUCCAGUUCACAUGGACUUAUUCUAUUUUGCCUUUAAAAAAAAAAAAAAAUUGUGGCAGAGAGCUUAGUGAAAUAGUGCUUGCUAGCACAGCAAAGCCUUAGUUUUAUCUCCACCCCCACGUAAAAUAGAAAAAUUGGAGGAACAAGUGCGAAUAGGUAGCUAAGUCCUUACCCUUGUAAGCCACUUAUGUGCAGUGUUUUUAAAACCACAGUUUUACUCCAGAUAUCAAAAAU